GCCUAUGUGUACAUGGACAGGGGCAGCUCCUAAUAUCUACAGAGCAACAGAGAUUGUAGGAGCACAAAUAGAGGAAACAUAAGAACUACUGGAAACAUCUCACUCAUUAACAAAUGUAGUUAAUCAACUGGAAGUUUUUUUUUUAAUUUUGGAGAACACAUUCAUCCAGUGGGCGACAUGGCGAUAGCAGCGCUGGAGUUGAUGGGUUUCUUUUGUGGCCUCUUUGGUAUGCUUGGGACCUUUGUAGCCACUCUUCUGCCAUAUUGGGAAAUGUCCGCACACGUUGGUUCAAACAUCGUGACGGCGGUAGAAAGCAUGAAAGGUCUAUGGAUUGAGUGUGUCUACCAGAGCACCGGAGCCUUCCAGUGUGAGACCUACAACACGCUUCUGGGGCUCGCCACUGAUCUACAAGCAGCCAGAGCCAUGAUGGUCAUCUCCUCCAUCUUUUCCGUCAUGGCCUGCGCGGUAUCCACUGUCGGCAUGCAGUGCACCGUCUGCAUGGAUGGCUCUUCAGUCAAAAGCAAGGUGGCUGGGGUAGGUGGUUCCCUUUUCCUCCUGGCAGGACUCUUGUCGUUAAUCCCUGUGUCUUGGAAGACCCAUGAGGUGGUGCAGACCUUCUACAUGCAGAACAUGCCAGCCAGUCUGAAGUUUGAGAUAGGUGACUGCCUAUAUGUGGGCUUGGCUUCUUCGCUCUUGUCCAUGUUAGGUGGAGGGCUCUUGAGUGCAUCCUGUUUUGAUGAUUCGGAUGGUAGCAGGGGAACCAGAUGCCAUUACCCCUACCCUGACCGCACUGGACACCGUGGACCAUCCCAUUUGAUGCCCUACCAUCCGGCCACACUACAUUCAACCACAAACCCCAACCUUGCCAACAAGAACCAGACCCUUAACAGCCAUACAAGCACUAAUACCCACUCCACUAUGCCAGCUCAGGAUUCCAGGAAAUCAGCUCGGCAGAACACAGCAGCCGGGUAUGACGUCACAGGCUACGUUUGAGGAUUUGUGUUAGUCGUUCUGAACCAUUUUUUUCUAAAAACACUCAAGUGAUUCUUAUAAGAAACACUUAUAAGUGAAGACUCUUAUAAUAGGUGAGAUGUUGGAUUAAGGUGCAAGAGGAAUGGACACACUGCCAGAGAAAAGAACAAAUGUGUUUGAUAGAAUAGAAUAUGAGGUGCUUUUGGUUUCUUGUGUCAACAGACAUUGCUGUUCAAAGUUCAAAAAUUCAAACAGUAAAAUGGCUUUGAAUAUGGAUCGGCAGAAUCAUAUGUAAAUAUGCAAAGCUAAUAUUUGAUAAUAACUCAGUUAAGCUUGUUAAGUGCACUUAAAAAUUAGAAAAUUUGAACUGUUUUUGUAUUCACAUGUAGUAUUUUGAUUUGUUUUUUUUAUGACUGUUUUAUUAACAUUGUAUUAAUUUGUUAAUUACAGUAAUCUUUAUUUUGUUAUUGAAUUUACAUGUACUGCGUUUGAGCACUGAUCAUAUUCACUUUCUAAGUAAAGAUUUGAGUUGUUUAAUA